AGCGGAUCCAGGGCAUGCACGUGUGCGCGAAGGUUGGGAGGACCGAGUCCGGCGCCUCCGAGCGCCUCCUCACUCCCCAGAUUCAGCCGCCCGGGGCGCGUGGCCGCAACUUCUCGUCGCCCAGCCCCUUACAUGUAAUCAGUCGUGUGUGCGGAUGAGUCUAAGAGAAGUUCGGGGCGGAGACGACGAUAACCUUUUGUAUAAUAGGACGUCGUUUGUGCGAGCGCUGAACGUCCUCUGCUCGCACUGCCCUCGUCUCGUCGGUGUGUUCGCUCAGUCUUUCACUCUCCGUAACACUGGAUCAAAUGCUCGCGUAUGAUGCCAUCUACUUUCCCGCUGACGGGCGACCUCCAUGUGUAGUCUCUCUCAAGGCCACUCCGCUCAGCACGUCCGUCGUUGAUCAACGAUGGCCUUUCCAAUGCGGUUGCAUUCCCCACCCGGAGAUGUACAUGGAGAAAAUCGCCGAGGGCCUUGUAUCUCGUUCGUGGCGGUUUCAGAUCGCCGACCGCCUCGACUGCAUGAACAGGACUUUUGCGACGCCAUAUGUCAUCUUUUACCCUACUGUCUCGCGGGAUGGCAUGCCGUUCCGCGUCAACAAAUGCGCAAAGGAGCUACAUGACGAACACUUCGUAGAUGCCAGAGCCUGGCGUGGAGAUAUCAUCGUCGCGAAAUUCCGUGAUGAGGCAUGCAGUAGCAUGAUGGACGCCUCGAUGGCCGACUUCCCCAUUCUGAAGAUUUGGCUGUCCCAACGACCCGGGCCAUGAGGCCUUAGAUGUAUGGUACCUCGGAAUCGUUGGCGCUGCAUAGUAUGUCUGCCUCGAUAACUGUAUUUCACGCAGUCUGUUCAAUCCGUCCAGCAGCCUGCGGGAGCCUAAGAGUAGCCGUGCAUUGCGACUGUAUUCUCACUCUCGCUUACGCUUGUAAUCUGUAACCCUGCUUUCCAUCGCACGCGUUCGAUGGCAAAAAAUGAGGGCAUCGACCUGGGGAGCUGUCUGUCGGACGGUGGGUGAGGUGUGAUUGCGGUCUGAUGCAUGCUGCAGCGUUUCGAAGGACAGCCUAGCUUCUAUCUCGCCUAC